GCCGCACCGUCGCGCGCGUUGCAUCGUCCUUCGAUAAAGUUCUCAAAGACCUCGGGCUCGUCCUUCGACGACUUGCCGGUUCUUCGAAUUUUCCUGCGAAUCCUAAAAUCCUGGCUAAGGAUUUGUAGGAAAACUUUCAAAAUAUUCUUGACAACUACUCUGUUGAGUUGUGAUGACAAAGGGUAAACUAGUCACUCGACCAAUUGAAAAGAUGAGGCCUCUAGGAAUGACACUAAAAAUGGAGUGUACAGAUGAGCCUUUAAGCUAUUAUCAAAAGGCAGCAAGAACGAAAUAUAAAUCUGAGUAUGAUAAGGUCAAUAAAAUGUUGGAGUCACUCGUAAAAGAUCAAGGAGGGACAUUAAUAUGUCAAGCUGGUGUUGUCAAAGGCUAUCAAUAUCAGUUACCUACUGCUGCUCCAGCAAGUGCAGCUGUCGUUAAACCAAAUGCCCAAACACAAGUUAUUGGAGUUAAUCAAACUGCAAAUACAAAUAAUCAAAUAAAACAAAUCAUGUUGAACAAUACUAACAAUUCUCAAGGACUUCAGCUUGUUAUGGAUCCAAGGAUGGUAAUUCUUCAAACUGUUUCACCGCAACAGGCUGGAGUUGCUGCUUCACCAAUGUCUCUCAUGGCAAACACAUCGAAUUCAACAUCUACAGUUAUGAGUACGAUGACAACUGCAUCACCUGUAGUGGCUCCAAUCACACCUGUAUCUCAGCAACCACAAGUAGAAAAUACUUAUGUUAGUAAAGCCGGUAGACCUGUCCGAAAAGUUACGAAAGUUUUGACAGUACAACAAGCUGAUAUCAUUGAAGAACCUGUCUCACCUCCUCCUACUCUUACACAAAUAAAAAGGAUAAGCAAACCUUCAGCAACAACACACGUGGUUACGCCAACGUCGACUAAUGCUCAGGGCGUGACAAAUCUUAGAAUAAAAACAUUACCAAAACAACAGUCAGGAAGUCAUUUAGUAUCUCGACCUUCUGAGCAAUCAGCUAUAGGAGGUAUUGCAAUUGGUAACAAAGUAGCAGCGGGCGAAGUUAUUGAUGAGUCGAAGAAAAAUCUUCCUGACGGAAGGGAAGUGACCUUUAACAAGAUGAACGGAGGACGGACUUACCCGUCGUUAGUUGUUGUAGCAAGACCAAAUCUCAAGACCAAAAAUAUUACCUCACAAGUUGCCCAAAAAGAAAGAGCGGAUUUAGAUAUAAAAGUGAAAGGUGUACUGAUGUACUCAGCAACAAAGUUUACCGAAUGGCUAAUCCAACAAGGUUUAGUCCGUGCAGAACAAUUCUGUGACAAGCAUAACAAUCUGAAGUUGAAGUUGGGUAUGUUUAGCGACUCUGGUACAUUUCCAUGUUCAGGUGGCUACGUAUGGAUCUCGUCGUGUUGUCCCGAUCGCUUUGUCUCUGUGUUUUCGGGCUCCGUAUUUCAAGGUGCUCCACAUUCGCCGACUGUUCUACUUAAACUCGUUUACCAUUGGGCUUGUCAGACCAACGUACAAAACGUUAUCUCGUGGGUGAAGGUCACAAAUUAUUACGUUAAAACAUUUUAUUCACUGCUAAGAAGUGUUUGCACCGCGGCAAUCUGGCAAAAGUGUAAGAAAAUGGGUGGUAGACAUUCUAUGAUACAAGUCGGAGUUAUUAGUUUAGGCACUACUUCACAAGAUGGCAAUUUACGUCAGGUAAAAGUAGAAGUAUUAGGUAUCCUUGACCCAGAAACUCUGGAGCUCAGGCUACGUGCAUGCGAACCAAUACAAGACGGAGACAGAUCAUACAAACGUCGUUUUACCAACAUUCUCCACCCAUUGUCAGAAUGGGUGGACAAAGAUUCCAAGAUUUUGACGGACUUUACUGUUGACAAGAACACACUCUCUGAGAUGGGUUUUAAUAACGUCUUGCAGUCAGCUUUUAGCGAGCAAAAUCCUAGAAAUGUUUCCAGCAAUUUUCACGUAAUGGAAUAUCUAAGAAAAAUCGUGCCCAGGAUGUUCCAGAAUACGCUGAGUCUUCUUAGCAGAUCAAUGAUUCAGCAAUUCUUGGAUGAACUCGUUUGGAGAGAGAUGUAUGGAACCACUGCUCUCAGAGCUUUUGAGAAUAUUAUUACGCAUAUUUCGGAGCAGACCAAGCUGGAGUCAGACUCGACGUUAUUAGAACGUCUGAACAAAAUCGCCGCAAAUCCCUUCCAAGAUUGGUCAUAUUGGAACAAAAACACUGGCUCGUCUUCAGUCAACAAUGCUACGGUCGCGCCAAUGGUCUCGAUACCCAAAGAUACAGCCAAUGAGGUACAAGAAAUUCGAGUAGCUGGUCAAAAAAGAAUAGUAAGUCGCAAAAGGCCCUAUUCGGCGACCAUUAGUCCUGAAACUAUCGAGAGGAAUUCUACGCCAGAACCGAAGAUUGCGAGAGACAUAAGGCCUGAGCAAGUACCACUACAAGAAUUUUAUUACGGAACUAUGGCACCCGAAAAUCCCGUCAACAAGGACAACAACGUUACGUUCACUUUUAAGUGUUUCUUAUGCACAGCGUCAAUGCAUUCCAACACAGAAAUUAUGGAACACAUGGUAAGCCACGUGCCACCACGGGUACCCGGACAGUCGGAUCCACCAGUUUGUCGUUACUGUUGCACUGCCUUCUCGUCUAAAUACCAAAUGGACGUGCACGUUACCGAAGCUCACAGCAACUUCGGCAACUCAGACAACGAUAUGGUUGUGUGCGCCAUUUGUGAACAGAAAUUCGGGACAUCUGGACUGUUAAUAAAUCACCUGUCGUCGAUGCACUAUCCAUCUGAGAUGCCAUACAAAUGUCAUAGCUGCGGUUACCGUAGCUCCAGUCACAAAGACGUAAUUGAUCACUAUUAUACCCUACACGAAAAAUGUGAUGGAUUGCAGUGUCCUUACUGCUUAAAAGUGACCAGUUUCGUUAACGAGGAUGGUCAACCAUGCACGCCAAAUGUAUAUAACUAUCUGAUGCACAUGCAACGUCAUAUUGUGCGUCGCGAGGAGAAGCUCAAUAAGUGCCCGCGUUGCUGCUUGUGGUUCAACCAGAUGAGUGCGCUCAAAACACACGUUGAUCUUCAUUGCAUGGCAACUGGUUCACGAGUGACGCCGUACACUGACAAGGAAAAUACUAUUACCGUGGCACGCUCACGUAACGCCGUUAAACGUUACCACUUCGAUGAUUAUGCACACGAAAUUACUCCUACCGAGCGUAUCAAGAAGUGGAUUUAUGGACCAGUUCAUGUUAACGUACCUUCCGGCAAAAGUUGCUAUGAGUGCGAAGAAGACGUUGAUAUGCGAGAGCAUUACCCUGGCGAGCAAAAAUGUCAAAAAUGUCGUUACGUCACUUGUUGCUGGCGCGCGUUUAAAGAGCAUCAGCGACAGAUACACAAUGAAAGGCCGAUGACGAGCGUCGUUGUGCCUUCACCACUUAUCAACAUUCCUCUUGAAUAUGAAAUGCAGUGUGCUUGCGGUUACAAGUCAAGUGAUGGAAAUCUACUUUCGGUGCAUUUAGUGAGAUGCAAAAAACGCAAUGCAUUUCGGCCUGAAGAAAGUAGACCUGGGAUGUUAGACAGUUUGGGACUGGUCCCCAAACAAACGUCUGAGGACGAAUCGUCGCCUCAAUCUUCGAAAAUUUCAGCUUCAAAGUCGUCAAGAAGUUCUAGUGUAAGCAGUAGCCGAGGCAAAGAUGAUAAACCAUCAAGAAACAAGUGAGAAAGUACUUUUUUGGACUAUUGAUGCUGGAUUUAAACAUCAAUAAUUUUAUAUAGUAAAUGUCUAAUUUUGUGAAAGAAGAUUAACAGUAAGAGCAGUGUCUAAAAAACUUUUUUUCUUCAUAUUGUAGUAACAAAGUGUAUAUUAGUGUCCUCUACUUCUGAAAUAAUUCUAAUAUGAAGAAAUGUUGUAACUGGACUCAAACACAGAAGUUUUUUCUUCUUAUUUGUCAUAAUAGAUGUAAACCUAAUAAAUUUUAUAUCCAUAUAUAAAUUUAUGUAUUCAUUAAAUUUCAAUCACUUUACAAUCACAAUAAUUUCAACAAAACAACGAAUAGUUUGACUUCAAAUACUACGGUGAGCGCGCACAUCUCCGCAGCAAAGCGAGCCACAAAUAAUUCAUUAAGGUUUAAUAUAAUAGAUGAUAAAAUAUAAUGUAAUAUGAUGUAUAAUAUGAUGGUAUAAUAUAGUAGGUGGAAGUAUCUGGACGCUGCCGGCCACGGCUCAGUUUUCCUUAAGCCUCUGAGCAUUUGCGUUCCGUUUAUACACUCGUUGAAAUACGUCUUUAGUAGCCCGCGAGAAUCACAUAUACUCUGUACACUUGAAUAAAAUGUAUGUUGUAGUUUAAAAACUGACUACCCUCAUUCUCUACUACUCUUCCUCGAUCCGCUCUCAUAUUUCAAUUGGAGCGCCACGCAUUCCAAAUCUUACGUUAGCGCAGCUAAUUUCAGUUGGUUUUGCGGCGGCGCAACGAAACUCACCGCCAGUGACGGACUUGCGUUUAGUUUCACAUCAAUCGUGAAUCCUUGAGGACCGCCGAUCGUAUCUCGAAGUGUGCCGUCAGUAUAAUUUUUUUGUAAAUCAGUGUUAUAUAGUGUUCUUGCACUAUUUAAUAAGAACGUGUUUGUAGUGAAAUUUUAUAGUCUUCGCUGACAGCAGGAUACCCAGGUUACCCACAAGGCGAUUCAGGUUAUCCAGGCGCAGGCUACCCAGGAGGCCCACCACCGGCCGGCUUCAAUCCACCACCUUACGGUAAUCAAGGAGGACCCGGUUUUAUACCACCAGCUGCUCCACCA